UAGUUUAACUCUGUUUUCUCUUCCCAAGAACCCGGGCCCUUUCCUGGGAUUGUGGACAUUUCUGCAGCUGGAGGUGGCCUUCUGGAAUAUUGAGCUAGUCUGCUGGCUGGGAAGGAUUUUGCUGUGAUGGCACUGGCUUAUUGUAACUAUGAAGACCUCCCCAAGGGCCUGGAGAACCUCCACCUGGAGUACUUUGAAGAAGCUGUGAACUACCUGCUUAAUCACCCUCAGGUGAAGGGUCCAGGAGUUGGGCUGCUUGGGAUUUCAAAAGGAGGCGAGCUCUGCCUCUCCAUGGCUUCCUUCCUGAAGGGCAUCUCUGCGGCCGUCAUAAUCAAUGGCUCUGUGGCCCGUGUCGGUGGAAACUUACACUACAAAGGUGAGAUUCUGCCGCCUGUGGGUUUCAACCAAAAUCGAAUCAAGAUGACCAAAGAUGGCUUUGUAGACAUUGUGGAAGUCCUGAACAGCCCUUUGGAAAGGCCUGACCAGAAAAGCUUCAUUCCUGUGGAAAGGGCUGAGUGCCCCUUCCUGUUUCUUGUGGGUCAGGAUGACCACAACUGAAAGAGUGAAUUCUAUGCUAACGAGGCCUCUAAGCGCUUGCAGGCCCAUGGGAAGGCAAAAGCCGAGGUCAUCUGUUACCCAGGGACGGGGCACUACAUUGAGCCUCCUUACUUCCCCCUGUGCCUGGCUUCCCUGCACACCUUGGUGGGCACUCCUGUCAUCUGGGGAAGGGAGCCCAGGGCUCAUGCCAGGGCCCAGGUAGAUGCUUGGCAGCAGCUCCAGACUUUCUUCCAUAAACACCUGGGUGGGGAAAAGGGGACAAUUCCAGCCAAGCUGUGAUCAACGGACGGACAGAACAAUUAGGAACAGCUGCCACAGUUAGUGUAUACCAGUGUAGAUUUCUUCUGUUCAAUAAUUACGUAGAGUUUUUCCUCUUCAGUGUUAAAGUGAACUUACCAAGAAGUUUUUUAGAUUUUUAUAAAUUACAUACAUUUUCAUUUGUUUGAGUGGAGAGUGAUUCUACAGAAAAUGAAACAAAUGGCCAAAAAAACAAUUGACAAGGCUUUAACUCUAAAAGGAAAAGGUGUAAUACCCAGUUAAUAGUACCUAGUACACAAUUAGUGCUCCAUAAUUAUUUGAAUUAUUAUUAUAAUUUAUUUUGUUUUUAAUUAAUAAAUGAUUACCUAUUGUGGAAAAAAGAAUACAAAAUAUCAAAAAUGUUAUCAGAUUUGAGUUUCUAAUUUAAGAAUGGAAGUGAACAUCAUAGCCGUAAAGUAGUAUACUAGUUAGAUAACUACUUAGAUGAAAACUACUAAAAAUUUUCAAAGCAAAUAUGUUUUUAGUUCUUGAAUCUUCUUGAAUGAGGAAGAAGUCUCCUAGUGCAAAUGUAUUUUAAUUACUUUUUUCAUUUUCACAUAUGGACUUUGUGAUUUAGUUGUUUUGAAUCCUGGUAUAACAACAUUUAGAUGAAUUUCAUAAGUGACUUUAAUAUUGAUUAGCAUGCAAAUGAAUGAUUUAGUUUUGUAUUACUUGAUAUCAAUAUAUACUAAACUUACUAAACUUUUCUAAAGCUGAAUGUGUUUAAAAGAAAAGAUACUUUAAUUUAUGAUCAUGGUGUUUUGGUUUCUCAACUUUCUCUUUCAAUAAAGCAUCUUCUGACAGAUGUCUUCUCUUGAAACUCAAAAACAGUGCUCCUUUUGCUUAGUCAGAUUUUUCUUCUGUCCCACUGUGAGGCAGGUGUCAUCUCCAUUUUACAGAUGAAGAAACCAAGACUCAGAAAAAUUUUUGCAUGGUACCUGUAGAGCCGGGGCUCAGUCUCCCCACAUCCAGUUUCUUCUCUCUUUGUUAAGCUCAUCCAUGCUCUCUGCAGGGUAACAGCCCCAGCCACAGGGAAAGGAAGUGGCUCUUCUUUCUUCUACCUAAGUUUUCAGUGGAUUUCCUGGACUUGCAGUGUGAGGGUAGGGGUGGUUUCAGGGCACUAAUGUUAAAAGUAUAGUUCUGGAACCAUGUUUAAAUCCUGGCCUUUACCUAGGAGUAUGGUUUUUUGCAGGAGCUGACAGGCACCUUAAAAUGCCCUACAUGCCUUCCCUUGAUUAUUAACAAUGUGUGUGUGAUCUGCCCUCCUCCUUUCCUCUUUCUAUAUUUCUCUGUCCACCACUUUCUGUAAAUAGCAUGUUCCAUGACAGUUGAAGGAAUCUCCCAUUAAUCAAGCUGGAGAGUCAGGCUUCUCUAGAGAUUCUGGGGCUGAUCUUGAGGGAUAAAAGGCAGCAGCAGAAGAAAUCUGGGGGCCAAUAAAUGACCAAGUGAAACUGCAAACCACGUUUCAAAAGACACAAAGAUGAUUUCCUCUUUAAAUUCUUGUUAGUAGGAGAAUCUAACAAAAGGGAACUAGAGAUGCCAUAGGCUUAUGUUCUGGAGGGAGAUGUGAUAUACUAUGAUGUGAAGAUUAGAAAAGAAUUCAGACAGUGGCCUUUGAUAUGGGUCUUAACAGAUAGGAUCUCUCUUUUUCUAAAUCUAAAGUAAUAAAAAUUCAUAGAAAACUUGGAAAAUAGAGAAAGUUAUUCAGCAGAAAAGGAAUUGCAUAUAAUCACUAGAAACUAACACACUUAACAUGUCAGAAUAUUCCCAUUUUCCUCUAGGCUUUUUGUUGUAUGUAUUGAGUUUUUACUCAAGUGUACAUCCUUUUUACUUUAAUAUCAUACGGUGAUUAUUUUACCAUGUUAUUAUUAUAUUCUUCAAACACAUGACUUUAAAAACAGUGAUGUGUAUUCUACUGAUUGGUGCUACUACCCUUCAUUUAAUCAGUCCUCUGUUGUUAGCCCUUGACAUUGCUGAUAGUUUUUCUUUAUAAAGUCCGUUCUGAGAUGAAGGGACAUACACAUGUAUAAGUCUUUGUGUGUCACUAUUUCUUUAAGAGAGAUUCUUUGAAAGGAAAUUACUGUGCAUACCGGAAAUGACCACCCGCACCAUCAAGGACACUGUAUGAAACCGCCAUGUUGCCAACAUUGGUGCAAUAUGUGUGUAUGUGUGCCUUUGUGUCUAAUCCUUUAUAAUUUUAUAAAUUUUAUGGUUUGAAAAGAUAAUCUCCUAUUACUGUACUUUUUUUGUUGUUGCUGUUAGUAAAGUUGAAUAUCUCCUCCUCUUAUUGGGAAAAUAUCUAUAUUCCUUUUAAACUACAUUUCCCAUUCCUUCAGAAUGUUCUCCUAUUUCUUUAUGACCUACAGCAGCAUUUGAUUAUGUAUUACAGAAGUAAAUAAUUAUCAUAUAUGUUGACCAUGUUACAUCAUUUUGCUAGCUGCCAUUUAAAUUAUGUGUACAUGUG